AGCGCAGCGGGAGGGUGCCCCGGAGGCGGCCCCGCAGCCCCAGCCGCGGCCGGGCGGCUCCCCCCAGCCCGGGGUCUGGCCCCCCACGGCCGGGGGUGGCACCGCUCCGUCCUAGGCUUCGCCCUCUCUUUCGGAGCCCGCUGCUCUUUGCGGGCUGGGAGGGAGCCGCGGGCGUCCGCAGGGCCCCCGCACCUGGGCACGACGCCUCCCAACACAGGACGGAGCUGAACAAUUGGGCUGGCGAACAAUAGCAGCACUGGAAAACAAUGGAGCCGCUGCACCUUCACGCUUAGCACGGCUGCUCAGAAGAAAUCCCAGCUCGAAAACAGGGCCUGGGCCAGAGUCGUCCCUGCGCCGUCACCACUGCAUGAGCAACGCGUAGCCGGGAUCUGCCAGGACAGGUUCUCAUGAAAGAGGAGCGUGAGGAUGGAUUACGGCGGCUGUGAAUACCUGGUCCCUUGUGGAAAAGACAAAUACAUCUCCAAAAAUGAGCUGCUGCUGCACUUGAAGACAUACAACAUCUACUACGAAGGGCAGAAUUUGCAGCUGCGGCACCGGGAGGAGGAAGGCGAGCUCAUCGUUGAGGGGCUGCUGAACAUCUCCUGGGGUUUGCGGCGGCCCAUCCGCCUGCAGAUGCAGGAUGACAACCAGCGCAUCCGCCCACCGCCCUCCUCCUCCUCCUGGCACUCGGGCUGCAACCUGGGAGCGCAUGGGUUGGUGCUGAAGCCCAGCACCUUGCCAGACAUCCAGGUUACAGAUGUGGAUGCCACAAUGAACGCGGAGGGCACCGGUAGCAGCACUGGUGAGACGGAGAUGGAUUUGGCUGCACCACUGCGAGCAGUGCCAUGCUCUGCACCAGCUUCCUUACAUUCCAGUUAUUUUUGUGCUGCGAGGCUGCAGCCAGAGGAGCCGCCGCAGCUGCUGCGGACACGGAGCGAUGUGGGCGUGCGUCACCGGGGCAGCGCCCGCACCCCCAGCGAGCAGCGGCGCAUCCGCCGCCACCGCUUCUCCAUCAACGGGCACUUCUACAACCACAAGACAUCAGUGUUCACACCGGCGUACGGCUCCGUCACCAAUGUCCGGAUAAACAGCACGAUGACGACCCCGCAGGUCCUCAAGCUGCUGCUCAACAAGUUCAAGAUCGAGAACUCAGCGGAGGAGUUCGCGCUGUACAUUGUCCACACCAGUGGAGAAAAGCAGAAGCUGAGGGCCACUGAUUACCCCCUGAUCGCCCGCAUCCUGCAGGGCCCCUGCGAGCAGGUCUCCAAGGUCUUCCUCAUGGAGAAGGACCAGGUGGAGGAAGUCACCUAUGAUGUGGCUCAGUACAUCAAAUUUGAGAUGCCUGUCCUCAGGAGCUUCAUUCAGAAGCUGGAGGAGGAGGAGGAUCGUGAAGUGAAGAAGCUGAUGCGCAAAUACUCCAUCCUCCGGCUGAUGAUCGAACAAAGGCUGGAAGAGAUCUCUGAAGGGCCAGCAAGGCUGUGAAGCAGUUUGCAGCACUGCGCCCUGCUUACAAUGCACGAGGUUUGCAUAAAGGACAUCCUGCACUGAACCCUAAAUGCUCAUUGCUCUGGGAGCGGACCCACCUGCCUGGACCACUCCGUCUUCGAGCCAACCCAGCCUCCUGCAUCAGGCAGAGCAGUUCAGGCAGCUUCGAUGCAUCUAUUGCCAUGUCUGGAUGUCACCCAAAAAAUUCAAGCUCAUGGGGUGCCGGCACACUCAGGGUAGCCCCGUCCCAUGCAUGGGACUUGGCAGCUUCUUUGCAGCAUCCUCAGACAGCUCCUUCUCUGCAAAUGCUUUUUCUGCUCCUUUCUGUACACAGACAGCCAGGUGCAGGGCACUGGCCAGCAGCAGCACAAUUGGCUUCGGCUGAAACCUCAAAUGCCUGUAAACCCCAGCUAAAAAAUAGAAGAGAUUCAGGAGAAGGGCAAAGCCGCUGAAUAUGGGGACGAGAGGGGCUGCAAGUGUUCAAGAGCAAUAACUUCAGCUCCAUUUGGCGAUGCUCUCUUCCAUGGUUCGCAUGCGCAGUGCCUGGAGGAGGCCAAAUAGCACAAAUAAUGCCUCUCAGAUUUUUUUUUUUUUAAAGCACAUUUCUAUUGCAAUAAUUCACAGGUGAUGGGAAGGUUUUGUACAUCCCUAAAGGACCUCUGAGAAUUGCUUUCUUCUGCUUUUGCCAUUGAAAGCAAAACAGGAUUGAAUGUUGGACUUACAGUGAAAGAGUUAUUCUGCUGUGUUUCUCCCUUAAAUCUGCAUCUUGUUGCCUAACCCCCCCCCUCUUUCUAAUUUGCACUAAUUUUACUGUGGGAUUUAAAAAAAGAAACAACACACCUGAUGUCAAACCUCUCUGGUAGAUAUAACAUGCCAAAUACUGCUCACAGGAGCCGCUCAUGGUAAUGAGCUGCUCCUGAGGGAUGCUGUAAGGAAACUGGAGCAGCACAGGAACAGAUCAUCUGUGAACUCUCCUCAUCUCAUUCUUUUGGGGGGAUUUUGCGUGUUUGUGCAUUGCUGGUGUUGAAAUUGAGUCUGGGGGAUGUUUCUCCUUGUGCGUGAGGAUGGCAGGAGGGGGGAGAGACAAAAAUAGGUUUGUUUUGCAAGGCAAAUGCCUCUCUCCUUCAACGCUAUACCAGCAAUAUCAAUUUUAUACCUCGAUGUGAACUAAAACUCUGAUUUUGUCCCUUAGUUUUUUUACGAUAUAUCUUUGUAACUUUUUUUAAUGGUACCUUUUACACCUUUAACACGUUACAAAAAGUAUUGUCCAGUGACAAAAGCGUUUCAUGUAUUUGGAGGACAACUGUGGCAUUGCUUCAUUUAUUAACAAGAAAAAAAGUCUGUAGCAACUUAAUACCAUGUGGAAGCACAUGAGUUAGAACCUGUUUUGUUCAAAAUAAAGCACUUUGUGGAUAGAAA